AUGGACAAAGAAAGUGUUUUUGAUCUAUCAUCUACUUUAGAUUUUUAAUUUUAAACAUUACCUCUCUGUGAUGUUAAAGAAAGUUCAGAAGAAUUGAUAUAAUAAACUUAACAAAGUCUUUAGAGCAUUGAAAACAACAAUAAAAGUUUCUUUAGUAAUCCUUUAAAAUCAUUAGUGAGCAAACAGAAACAUAGAUUUGUUUAGGAUGGUUUCAAUUUAGAUUUGACAUGUAAUUUUCUGAUUUAUACCUUAGAUAUAACUGAAUAAAUAAUAGCCAUGGGCUAUCCUGCAAUAGAUUAUGAAGCUUUUUAUAGAAAUUCUAUGGUGGAUGUUUAAAAGUUUUUUAAUCAGAGACACAAGAAUCAUUAUCGAAUAAUCAACUUAUGUUCUGAACGUAAAUAUAAUCAUGCAUAUUUUGAUGGAAAUGUUUCAGAAUAUCCUUUUGAAGAUCAUUAAGCACCAUAAUUCAGCAUGAUUUUUGAAUUAUGCAAUGAAAUACACAAUUUUAUUUGUUAAGACAAAUAAAAUGUAAUAGCUAUUCAUUGCAAAGCUGGUAAAGGUAGAACUGGUGUUAUGAUUUGUUGUUACUUGCUUUAUUCAGGUAUGUUCAAAAACAGUUAUGAUGCUAUGCGUUUUUAUGGUAAAAUGAGGACAAAAAACAAGAAAGGAGUUACGAUUCCUUCUUAAAUUCGUUAUAUUUUGUAUUUUGAAAAAGCAUUGUCUUUUGGUUAUGAAGCACAAGAUAUUCCAUAAAAUAAAAUUUAAAUAUCAUAAAUUAGAAUAAUUACUAUACCAAUAAUGAAUUGUAAUAAUUCAUGCAAUCCUUACAUUUUAAUUUAAAAUAAUCAAACUCAAACACUAAUUAAAAAGUUCCAAAUAGUGAAUGAUAGUUUUAUAAUAUUCUAUAUAGAUGUAGUAGUUCAAGGUGAUACUCGUAUUGUAUGUUACAAUAAAUCCUUAAUAAGUAAAUAGAUAAUGUUUUAAUUUUGGUUCCAUACUACAUUUCUAGACAAUACUGGUUUAUUAAUAAUAGACAAAUAUAUGUUAGAUAAGGCAGUGAAAGAUAAAAACCAUAAAAUUUUUUAACCAAACUUCAGGGUUGAAGUGCAAACUUUUACACUACUAAAUUGA